CUGGGGGCGCUGAUUAUCUCCCCUACGCGCGAGCUGGCGGCGCAAAUUCACGCGGUGGCGGAGCCUUUUCUCUCCGCCGCGCUGCCCAACCUGCGCUGCAUGCUUCUAACGGGGGGACACGCGGUCGGCGUCGACGUGGCGCGCAUCUCAGAGGACGGCGCGAAUGUGAUUAUAGGCACGCCGGGCAGGAUCGACGAUGUGCUGUCGCGGCCCAACUGCGGCCUCGAUUUAAGAGCGUUAGAGGUGUUGAUACUGGACGAGGCGGACCGCCUGCUGGACCUAGGCUUCGCGGCGUGCCUCGAGUCUAUCCUGCACCGCCUGCCACGUCAGCGCCGCACGGGGCUCUUCUCCGCCACGCAGACGUCCGCGCUGCAGGAGCUCGCGCUCGCGGGCAUGCGCAACCCCGUGCGCGUCGAAGUGCGCUCGCUCGCGCGCGCGGGCGCGGGGGGCGCGAGGGGAGCGGCGGGCGGAACCGCUGGCGCUGGCGCUCCAGGCGCUCCUGCUCCAGGGGAGGGGAGCGCGCAGGGGAUGACAGCGGGAGCAGGAGGAGCAGGAGGGGCGGGGGAGGGCGGAGAUACUGGGUAUGGGGCUGCGCUGGAGAAGGCUGGCGCAGUGAAGAUCCCCGUGGGGCUUCAAGUGCAGGCCAUAGUGUGUGAAGGUGCGCGCAGCAAGGCGAGUCAGCUAGUGCACUGGCUCAGCCAACACCCCGACCGCAAAGUCAUGCUCUUCGUGAUGACGUGUGCGUGUGUGGACUACUGGGGCUCCGUGCUUCCUCUGCUCUCGCCCCUCAAGGGCAUCUCCUUCUUCCCCCUGCACGGCAAGCUCAAGCAGUCGAAACGCGAUGCAGCAGUGGCAGCCUUCCGCAAGGCGGAACGAGGAGUGUUGAUCUGCACGGACGUGGCGGCCAGGGGCCUCGACAUCCCCGGCGUGCACUGCGUUCUGCAGUUCGACCCCCCUCAGGACCCCCGCGCGUUUGUGCACCGCGCUGGGCGCACCGCCCGCAUGGGCAGGGAGGGAUCCGCCCUUGUCUGGCUGCUGCCUAAGGAGGAUGCAUACCCGGAGUAUCUGCGGCUGCAAGGAGUGCCCGUAGUGCUGGAACCCCCCGCACCAGAUGUUGUCGAUGUCAUCCCGCAGCUGAGGGAAGCUUCGCGGAAGGAUCGUGCAGUGGUGGAGAAGGGUGUGCGGGCGUUUGUGUCGUUUGUGAGGGGCUACAAGGAGCACCACUGCAACUACAUCUUCAGGUUCCAGGAGCUGGAGAUGGGCGCAGUGGCCAUGUCAUACGGUGUGCUCAAGAUCCCCCGCAUGCCGGAAACCCGCCACCAUCCGCGCCUCUUUGACGGGUUUGAGCCGGACAAGACCGUGGAUGUGGCCACGCUCAAAUACAAGGAUAAGAACCGGGAGAAGCAGCGACAGCAGUUUCUGAAGCAGCAACAGGAAGGAUCCGAGAACCCUCAAAACAAGCCGGGGAGACAGCAGCGGCAGCAGCAGGGCAAGGAUCAAGCCGGCAAGGGGAACACUCCACGGGUCGAAGUGGCUUCUCUGAAGUCUGUUGGGGCGCGAGCAGUAAGAAGAGCGCGGGAGGAGGAUGAGCAGGAUGAGAUGAAUCGUGAGUAUAAAGAGCUGAUGAACAUGAGGAAGCGGAAGAAGGGGAAGAAGCGGCUAGCACUGGGCGAUCAUGAUGACGAUCUUGACAGUCUUGACGGUGACUUGCCUAUUCGAUCUGUUGAUGGAUCAAACGAGCGGUUGGGGAGCCAAGAUAGAGGAGAUGGUGGGCAAGGGGAUGAGAAGGUGGAUGCUCUGCCUGGAGUUCCCAAUGCUGCUGCUGCAGCGGAUGAUGCUGCUAAUGGUGGUGAAACUGCCGCUGUGGUUGCUCCUGGGGUUGAUGCUGUGGAUGGCAAAGAUAUGCACUCGACCGGGCAUUUAAAUGUGAGUAAACAUAGCGCCGCUGUUGGGAAUACGGACGGCAGGAAAAUGGGUGACGCGAGGAAAGGGAAAGGUCGAGCAGUUACAGCAUUGAAGCAAAAGGGCAGCAAUGGUAGCACCAUGAAGCAGAUUGGAAGUGCCCGACAGGCGGCAUGGAUGCUGUUGCGCAAAAAGAAGCGAGUGGCGGCAGCCAAGAGUAGGGCCAAGGAUGCUAGGCAUCCGGACGUUAGCUGA